UACUAUCGAUCCAGAACCAAACAAAAACCUCCCCAACUCACAUUUGCGCAUGCCCAACCUCCCCAACAAUUCUUUUUCGCCCCCGUUGUGAGUUUUCCGGCAAUCGGAAAUCAUUUUUCGUUUGCCAACGUUUGUUUUCCCAAUGUAGUUUAAUAAUUCACCAUCGCGUGACGUGUCUUUGUGUUUUCGUAUCCAUAAACGCGGUAUGAGAGCCUUCGGUGUGUAUUUUCGCGGUUUUCAAAGUGGAUUUACCGCGAUGUGGCCUUGUGAUCGGGCGUGAAUACGGGAAUGCGGGAUCAGCUGUUUUUUCCUGCAACAGGGGCGCCAUGGAACAGGCUGCUUUGAUGGUGAUAUUUCGGAAUUGUAUGCAAUAAUCUCAAAUUUAUAAAUAAUGGGUUCCUCUAGCGGAGGGAGAAGCAAGUACAUUAAUUUUAGGAACAAACAGCGCGCUAACAUGAGCUUUUUUAUUGUUGUCAUGUUCUUCGCAGUGUUUGGGUUCAUCGUCUUCACAGAAAUAUUUUUCAUUGAUGAAAAAGAAAAAACAACAGGAAUACUAGUCAGACAUGGAUCACUAAGCUACCACCACAACAAAGACAAAAUGGACUACGAUAACGAAUUUCAAGACGACGACUAUAUCUCCAUUCGUGUGGGACAAGCCAUGAUGGACACCGGAGACAUAGGAUCAUUCCUAAUAGGGAAACCUCGAAUGCACAUCCCUAACAUAGAUAAUGCUCCACGUUAUGUAACAAAGGUGAUUUCCGAGAACCAAUUGCCACCCUAUCCUGAGAAUUUCACCAUAUCCUAUGGGUCAUGGCAAAACGUCAAUGGGUCGAAAUACAAGUUUUUCGUAUUUUCUGCCUACUACGAUCAAAGGAGAAACCAGAGGAACAUUCGUAUCAUAGCCGCUACGAAGACCAGAGGUCCGGAAAGGGUAUGGUGUAGAUUGUGGUACAGAAUAAUGGAUGGAAAUGCUACGGUAAACAUAUCAAGAACGGUCCCAGCAAAACUCAAGAUAAUCAGAGAAAACUGGAACUUGAGGUAUAGCGCAUGUUUUGUCAUGUGUCCUCUUCGCGCUAACUUAUCCGUACCUGUAGCCGUUAGCGUGGUUGCCAAACUCAAGGACCCGCCCACGAAUAUGCUCAACGUCAUCAAUAAUUUGAACGAAAGCAAUUGGAAAGCACCUUCGAUGAAUAGCGCCCCUAUUGGUAGAUUCGGGGUGUGCGUGAAACCACUUCAUUUUGAUUAUAACAAGGAAAUGGAAAUAAUGGAAUUUAUAGAGUUAAACAGACUGCUAGGAGUAGAUCACUUUACUUUUUACAACCACACCAUUGGACCUCAGGUAUCUUGCAUCCUAAGGGACUACCAAGAGAAAGGUAUCGUCACUUUAUUGCCCUGGAAACUAGCCAUGGUGUCCCAGAAGGAGAUCCGAACCGAGGGGCUUUUUGCCGCACUCAACGAUUGUCUGUACAGGUCCAUGUACAAGUUUUCUCACAUUUUACUCAUCGAUUUGGACGAAUACAUCAUUCCAAAUUACAACGAUACCUUACCACAGCUGAUCGAUUAUCUUAACCAUCGACUCAACACACGAAGCACCGGUUCGUUCUCCUUUCAAAACGCCUUCUUCUACCUGCAAUGGGACGACGAUUCGGAAGUUUACGAUUUCUCCGAUCCUAUAUCUUCGAAUUUGGUGACUUUGAAGAAAACCAGAAGAAAAAGCAAGCUACAUCCCCAUAAGCAACGAUCGAAGUACAUCUGCAGGCCGGAAUUGGUAGUGGAAGCUGGCAAUCAUUUUGUUUGGGAAUUUAUACCUGGCCACGGAACUUUAAAUGUGCCAGCUGACGCAGCCAUCUUACAUCACUAUCGAAUUUGCGAGUUUGGAGGCAACGAUUGCAUAAAAACAUCAUCAACUGUUGACAAAACAGCGUACAGAUAUCUUCAAAGCCUAACCAGGACAGUCAGAGAGCAAUACGACAGGUUGAAAUACAAGUGCGGGCUUUCCAAACCUAAAGAGCCCCCCACGAGAGUAUUCCAGAAAAUCCUCAGCAUGCUCAAACCAGCUCAAAGGAGAUGAAAGAAGUGAUAAGGAAAUAAAAGGUUUGGCUGUUUAAAAUACGUGGCAAGAUAUGCAAC